CUCAAUUAUUCAUCAGAAUCGCUUUUUACUAUGCGACUCGUGCGACAGAGGUAUAUUUCUAGGAUUAUGUCGCUGUAUCGUGCUGAAAAUCAUUCGACUCAGGUUGGCAUAUGGAAUGUCUCGAUCCACCCAUAGAACAAGCCCCACCGGGUUUGUGGUACUGCCCUGCAUGCCCAACUCCCAUUCCAGGGCCGUCUUCCGAGCCGUAUGCUCAGGCAGCCGAAGUCGAUGUCCUCACUGCGUCUUCCCAGUUACCCGCGCGCGAAACAUCUGUGGCAUCCUCGUCUCGUUCCGUAGGGCCAGCGAACACGGGAAGGCCAGGGCCACCGCGACAGAUGAUUCCGAAGUGGAUAUAGAGAACGUCGUCACACCAUCGCGACCCGGUAGACAUAAGCCAAUUGCGAAAAGUAGACUGGCAGCCGAAAGCCAGCUUCGCUCAGAAACCGAACCUGAGGUGGAAGAGAUCGUUCCUUCGGAUCUUGCUCGCCCAAAUAAGCGUCUACGUGUCAGGCUUUCUUCACCGGUACCGCCGUCACCUAAGCCCACCAAGAUUCGCUUGCGCUUGCCUGCUCGGAAGGGCAAGGAACGCGCUGAGGACCCCGACGACGGAAAAAAGGGCAUCGUGAUGUUGGCGCAACAUCCAUCUUGCAACCAGAUAAGACUCGCUUUGAGAAAAGUCGGUCAGCUGCAGACGUAGGUCCUGUAGCCGUC